AUGGCGUCCGACGUGCAAUUUGCCCAGUCCGCCGACGCGCCCAAACUCGCCGAGGUAUUCUUCGCCGCCUUCUCUGAUCGUUUCAACAGAACCAUGUUUCCGGAUAAUCCGGAGGUGCGUGUCUGGAUGGAGAAGAACUUGCUCUGCGGCGAGGGAAUCGCGGAGAACCAGAUCAUGCUCAAGGUGACGGACCCUUCGAAUCCUGACGUGGUGACGGCGUUUGCGAAAUGGAUUCGCCCCUCAUCUGGAUCGAGUGCGGAUCCCGAUCGGCAUGAGGAGCCCGCUGUGUGGCCCGAGAGCAGCGAUGGGGAACUAUGUGAUCGGUUCUUUGGGACCAUGGAUGGGCAUCAUAAGGAUGUUAUGGAGGGGAGGCCUCAUUACUAUCUUGAACUUUUGGGUGUUCACCCAUCGUACCAAGGGCGUGGCUUGGCCUCCAAGCUUUUACGCUGGGGUCUUACGCAUGCUGAUGAAGAAGGCGUUGAAGUUUAUCUGUCAAGCUCCCCCGACGGCAGGCCGUUGUAUGAGAGAUAUGGAUUCCAAGUUUUGGAUGGGCGCUUCUCGCCUUUCCCUGGCUAUGAACAAGUGAAUAUGAUUCGGCCUGUCCAACAAAAAUAA